AUGCUUGGAAAAGCUCUUUCAGGACCGCGUCGACGUUACGACAGUAUGAAUUACACGUUGCUCGUAACGCUGCAACUGAUCUACAUUGUGCCUAGCUUGUUGCUUUAUCUCGCACAGUUUUGCUUCAUCGCCCUAACGAAGGAUCCAGAAUUUUCCACAGCUUUCCAUUACAUAUUUCUAGCUCGUGCUCCAGCCGACAUGGUACAGGUUGCAGCAAGUUUAUUAACAUUUCGGUUUCCGGUUGCUGGAUGGGGCGCAGUGUUGGACAAGCCAUACAUCGCAAAGAUGGGAUUCGUGUUUUCGCAAUAUGCAUGCCUUUUGGAACUCUUCGCACAACUUUCUCUUUCCGUCAAUCGAUUCACCGCUAUUUGCUUCCCAUUAAGACACAAUCGUUGGUGGACAUUGACGAGGACGCUCAAAUUGUUUGCCAUCUGCUCUCUGUUGGCUCUCAUUCCUACCGCUAUGAGACUACCUCAAGAAGCUGGAUACAUCGCCGUUCAAGGAAAAAUUGUGCCAUAUCUUAUACAUGAGGAAGAUCAGAAGACCAACUCCUACGUAUCAAGCUGCAUUUAUGUCUUCUUCGGAUUAUUUUGUUUCGUUUUGAACGUAUUUUCGCUUAUCAAGCAUUCUCAACAGCGGAAUUUGAAGCUGUUUGACCAACAACAAGCGUUGACUCGCCGACUUCAGCUUAACUUACUUGUUUACUCUUCCUCGUUCACGCUGGCUAUUAUUUCGAUGACUGUUUGCCAGUGUUUGCUGGCGUUGGACAUCUUUCCUCUGAAGACAGACGGGCAUGCUCUUUUGAUAAUCGUGCUCACUCUCUCCGCGGACUACUUUGCUCUUUCGAAUCCUUGGUUUGUGAGCAAAGCAACGUAUUGGGAACUAUUCGUUUACAUUUUGGAAGAUUGUAAAGGAGGAAGACUUUCCUCAAACCGAGAAGAGAAAGCCAUGAUGCUCAGAGAGCAAAGCCACAGAACUAUCACUAACUCUUCGCUAUUGAAGCCAGCUUUUGGGAGGAUUCCUCAAUGGACAACAUCAACGAUCGGCUCGUUGAUCACUUCCACGACUGAGAGUUUUGAAAUCACCAAGAGGCGCCUGUCUCCGGAAAUUGUUAAGCUAUUAUACGCCAGCGGAGAGCAGCAGGAGAUGCAGGGAACCAAGAACUCACGAUCGAGUUCGGAAGGCUGUGCAGAGAGGCGAAAAAGGAGACCUCAAGAAAAGAGAGCAGAAAUGUUGACUAAAGCCGCUAUGCCCGUGGAGACUUCGCCAACUGUCAGAAAAAAUGACCGCUUUCUGGAACCCAGACGAAACAGCUAG